AUGCAGGAACGUCUCCCUGGCAGGACUGUACAGAGCGUCAACUCUUGUGUUGCAGAUAUUGACGAGUGUCAGGGCCCGAGACCGGCAGACUGCGGACCCCACGCAAACUGCACCAACGUGCCCGGGAGUUACUAUUGCACCUGCAUCGAUGGCUAUGAGCCCAGCUCCGGGAAAGCCAAGUUCACACUCGCGAGUGAGAACAGCUGCCAGGAUCUUAACGAGUGUCAGGGCCCGAGCCCGGCAGACUGCGGACCCCACGCAAACUGCACCAACGUGCCUGGGAGUUACUACUGCACCUGCAUCGAUGGCUAUGAGCCCAGCUCUGGGAAAGCGAAGUUCAUGCACGCGAGUGAGAACAGCUGCCAGGAUAUUGACGAGUGUCUAGGCCCGAGCCCGCCAGACUGCGGACCCCACGCAAACUGCACCAACGUGCCUGGGAGUUACUACUGCACCUGCAUCACUGGCUACGAGCCCAGCUCUGGGAAAGCCAAUUUCACGCACGCGAGUGAGAACAGCUGCCAGGAUAUUGACGAGUGUCAGGGCCCGAGACCGGCAGACUGCGGACCCCAGGCAAACUGCACCAACGUGCCCGGGAGUUACUAUUGCACCUGCAUCGAUGGCUAUGAGCCCAGCUCCGGGAAAGCCAAGUUCACACUCGCGAGUGAGAACAGCUGCCAGGAUCUUAACGAGUGUCAGGGCCCGAGCCCGGCAGACUGCGGACCCCACGCAAACUGCACCAACGUGCCUGGGAGUUACUACUGCACCUGCAUCGAUGGCUAUGAGCCCAGCUCUGGGAAAGCGAAGUUCAUGCACGCGAGUGAGAACAGCUGCCAGGAUAUUGACGAGUGUCUAGGCCCGAGCCCGCCAGACUGCGGACCCCACGCAAACUGCACCAACGUGCCUGGGAGUUACUACUGCACCUGCAUCACUGGCUACGAGCCCAGCUCUGGGAAAGCCAAUUUCACGCACGCGAGUGAGAACAGCUGCCAGGAUAUUGACGAGUGUCAGGGCCCGAGACCGGCAGACUGCGGACCCCAGGCAAACUGCACCAACGUGCCCGGGAGUUACUAUUGCACCUGCAUCGAUGGCUAUGAGCCCAGCUCUGGGAAAGCCAAGUUCACACUCGCGAGUGAGAACAGCUGCCGGGAUAUUAACGAGUGUCAGGGCCCGAGCCCGGCAGACUGCGGACCCCACGCAAACUGCACCAACGUGCCUGAGAGUUAUUACUGCACCUGCAUCGAUGGCUAUGAGCCCAGUUCUGGGAAAGCGAAUUUCAUGCACGCGAGUGAGAACAGCUGCCAGGAUAUUGACGAGUGUCUGGGCCCGAGCCCGGCAGACUGCGGACCCCACGCAAACUGCACAAAUAUGCCUGGGAAUUACUCCUGCAGCUGCACCAAUGGCUACGAGCCCAGCACUGGGAAAACCAAGUUCACCCACACGAGUCAGAACAGCUGCGAGGAUAUUGACGAGUGUCAGGGCCCGAGCCCAGCAGACUGUGGACCCCACGGAAACUGCACCAACGUGCCUGGGAAUUACUCCUGCACCUGCAUUGAUGGCUAUGAGCCCAGCUCUGGGAAAGUGAAGUUCAUGCAUGCGAGUGAGAACAGCUGCCAGGGUGAGCUCUCCCCUGGACCCACCUGCUGA